UGCUUUCCCUGUGAGCAACCCGGAGCAGCUGGGCGCUCCAUCAGAGAGCAACUAUGACUUUGGCAGAGCAAACGUGCAACCGCAAGCAGCGGGCUCAGGGGCCCGGGCUGCGAGGCCGCCGCUGGGCUGGCUUCUAACGGCGGGAGGGCACCGCGCCCUGGCUCUGCUGUCCCUCUCCAGGAGGCUGUCCCGGGACCCCCAGGUUCUGUCCCGCGGCCGGGCCCGCGGCUCUCCUGCUAUGCCCGGCAGCCCGCGCCGGGGCCGGCACCAGCAGCGCCCGGGCGGAUGUGGCGAGCCCACGGAGGGGCAUGCUUCCGCGCACCAAGUACAACCGUUUCAGGAAUGACUCGGUGACAUCUGUCGAUGACCUUCUCCACAGCCUGUCGGUGAGCGGCGGCAGCGGCGGCCGCAGCGGCAAGGUCUCGGCGGCGCGCGCGACCCCCGCGGCGUCGCCCUACCUGGUGUCCGGCGAGGCGCUGCGCAAGGCGCCCGACGAUGGGCCCGGCAGCCUGGGGCACCUGCUCCACAAGGUGUCCCACCUGAAACUCUCCAGCUCGGGCCUCCGAGGCCUGUCUUCGGCUGCCCGGGAGCGGGCGGGCGCGCGGCUCUCGGGCAGCUGCAGCGCGCCCAGCCUGGCGGCCCCGGACGGCGGCUCGGCCCCCGCGCCCCGCGCCCCGGCCGGGAGUAUGAGCGCCGCCAGGAAGGGUCGGCCGGGCGACGAGCCGUUGCCCAGACCCCCGCGGGGGGCGCCGCACGCCAACGACCAGGUGCUGGGAUCGGGAGUCACCUAUGUUGUCAAGUACUUGGGAUGCAUUGAAGUUCUACGCUCCAUGAGGUCUCUGGACUUCAGUACGAGAACACAGAUUACCAGGGAAGCCAUCAGCCGUGUCUGUGAAGCUGUGCCUGGUGCCAAAGGAGCCUUCAGGAAGAGAAAGCCUCCGAGCAAAAUGCUGUCCAGCAUCCUGGGGAAGAGCAACCUCCAGUUCGCAGGGAUGAGCAUCUCUCUGACCAUCUCCACCGCCAGCCUCAACCUGAGGACACCCGACUCCAAGCAGAUUAUAGCAAACCAUCACAUGCAGUCCAUCUCCUUCGCCUCGGGGGGAGACCCGGACACAACGGACUAUGUCGCGUAUGUAGCAAAGGACCCUGUUAACCGCAGAGCUUGUCACAUCCUGGAGUGUUGUGAUGGGCUGGCCCAGGAUGUCAUUGGCUCCAUCGGACAGGCCUUUGAGCUCCGGUUUAAGCAAUACUUGCAGUGUCCUUCCAAGAUUCCUGCUCUUCAGGACCGAAUGCAGAGUCUGGACGAGCCUUGGACAGAGGAGGAAGCGGAGGGCUCCGACCACCCAUACUACAACAGCGUCCCCAGCAAGAUGCCUCCGCCAGGGGGCUUUCUAGAUGCUCGGCUGAAAACCAGACCCCAGGCUGCUGACACAGCCCACUUUUCAGGAAAAGAGCAAACAUACUACCAGGGAAGGCACUUGGGAGAUGCAUUUGGCGAAGACUGGCAGCAAACACCAGUCAGGCAAGGAUCCUUGGACAUCUAUAGCACGCCAGAGGGGAAACCACAGGCGGCCCCUGUGGGAGAUGCACCCACCUACGUCAACACACAGCGCAUGCCCACGCAGGCCCCACCAGCAGCGUCCAGCAGCACGGAGAGCAGCCCGCGCAGGGACCUCUUCGACAUGAGACCUUUCGAAGAUGCUCUCAAGAACCAGUCCUUAGGGCCUGUGUUGAACAAGGCUGCCUCUGUGGAGUGCAUCAGUCCCGUCUCACCCCAAGCUCCGGAUGCCAAGAUGCUGGAGACGUUGAAGGAUGAGCCCUGGUACCAAGGAGAGAUGAGCAGGAAGGAGGCGGAGGGGCUGCUGGAGAAAGAUGGAGACUUCUUGGUCAGGAAAAGCACUACCAACUCUGGUUCCUUCGUGCUCACAGGCAUGCACAACGGCCAGGCCAAGCACCUGCUGCUUGUGGACCCUGAAGGCACGAUCCGGACGAGGGACAGGGUCUUCGACAGCAUCAGCCACCUCAUCAACCACCACCUGGAGAGCAGUGUGCCCAUCAUCUCCGCAGGAAGCGAGCUGAGCCUGCAGCAGCCAGUGGAGAGGAGACUGCCGCCGGGGGACCUAGGCUAG